AUGUCCCGUCGCAAGCAGGGAAACCCGCAGCACUUGUCACAAAGAGAGAUUAUCACACCAGAGGCUGACCAUGUGGAACCGGCACUGGCCGACGAGGACGAGAGCCUGGCAAUAGCAGACCCAGGCGGCAUCAGCAUCGCCGCAGGCGGGACAGACCCCGACUUGUUAACCUGUGGACAGUGUCAGAUGAACUUCCCGCUGGGAGACAUCUUGGUUUUUAUAGAGCACAAGAGAAAACAGUGCAAUGGCACUGGUGGUGUCUGCUAUGAAAAGAGCAUGGAUAAGAGCAGCCCUCCCCCCUCCUCACGCGCCGAGCUCAGGAAAGUGUCAGAGCCAGUGGAAAUCGGGAUCCAAGUCACACCCGAUGAAGAAGACCGUCUUCUCACGCCUACAAAAGGAAUUUGCCCCAAGCAGGAGAACAUUGCAGGGCCGUCCAGGCCUGCAAACCUGCCGGGGGCUCCCAUAGCUGCCUCCUCCCACCCUCACACAUCCGUGAUCACGUCACCUCUCCGCGCACUGGCCUCCCUCCCGCCCUGCCUUAGCCUGCCCUGCUGUGGUGCACGUGCAGUCUCAGUUGGCGGGACUCAGACUGAGAUUCAGACUGAGACUUCAGGCACAUUUGGAUGUCAUUGUCAGUUGUCAGGUAAAGAUGAGCCUUCAAGCUAUAUUUGCACAACAUGCAAGCAGCCUUUUAAUAGCGCUUGGUUCUUGCUUCAGCAUGCCCAGAACACACAUGGAUUCCGCAUCUACCUGGAAACAAGCCCUUCAAACAGUUCCCUUACUCCACGCAUCACCAUCCCUCCUCCUUUGGGACCGGAGACUGUUGCACAGUCCCCACUGAUGAAUUUUCUUGGAGACAACAACCCCUUCAACCUUUUGCGCAUGACAGGACCCAUCUUGCGUGAACACCCUGGCUUUGGUGAGGGUCGGCUCCCAAACACGCCUCCGCUGUUCAGCCCACCGCCUCGUCAUCAUCUGGAUCCACAUCGCCUUAGUGCCGAAGAAAUGGGGUUAGUUGCCCAGCAUCCCAGUGCCUUUGACAGAGUUAUGCGUUUAAACCCCAUGGCAAUUGAGUCCCCAGCGAUGGAUUUCUCCAGAAGGCUUCGAGAGCUGGCAGGAAACAGUUCCACCCCUCCGCCAGUCUCACCCAGUCGCACCAACCCUAUGCACCGUCUGUUGAAUCCUUUCCAGCCGAGUCCUAAAUCACCUUUUUUGAGCACCCCACCACUGCCCCCCAUGCCCCCUAGCAGCACUACGCCUCCCCAGCCUCAGGCCAAGAGCAAGUCCUGUGAAUUUUGUGGGAAAACAUUCAAGUUCCAGAGUAACCUUAUCGUGCACCGGCGCAGUCACACAGGAGAAAAACCCUACAAGUGUCAGCUCUGUGACCAUGCUUGCUCCCAGGCCAGCAAGCUAAAACGCCACAUGAAAACGCAUAUGCAUAAAGCUGGCUCCAUGACGGGCAGGUCAGAUGAUGGACUGUCCACCACUAGUUCCCCAGAGCCAGGCACAAGUGAGCUCACUGGAGAGGGACUGAAAUCCAGUGAGGCAGAUUUCAGGAAUGAGAGCGAUCCUUCCCUGGGCCAUGACAAUGAAGAAGAGGAAGAGGAGGAGGAGGAGGAAGAGGAGCUUGAAAAUGAGAGCCGGCCAGAGUCGAGCUUUAGUAUGGACUCAGAGCUGAGUCGUAACCGAGAAAACGGCUCUAAGUCGCUGCCAGAUGAGAAGUCCCUCGUCCUGGGAAAAGUCAUUGAGAAUGUAAGUCUAGGUGCCAUUCAGCAAUAUAACGACAUGUUAGCUGAGAAACAGAAGAGGAGUAGCUUCAUGAAAAGGUCCUCUGACCAGCGAGACUUGUGUCCUCGAGACCUCUGUCAGAGAGAUCCAGGUGAUGAAGACUCAGUGGUAGGAGAGCUGGACCGCACUGAGGAAGGUACGGUCAAUGGAAGAAACUUUGGCCCGGGUGAACCCUUCCCAAACUUGUUCCCCCGCAAGCCAACACCUAUCACGAGCCCCAGUUUAAACAAUUCCUCUAAAAGAAUAAAGGUAGAGAAAGAUUUGGACUUGCCACCAGCAACGAUAAUACCUUCCGAAAACGUUUACUCCCAGUGGCUGGUAGGGUACGCAGCAUCGCGGCACUUCAUGAAGGAUCCGUUCCUCGGAUUCACAGACUCCCGACAAUCCCCCUUUGCAACCUCUUCUGAGCACUCAUCGGAGAACGGGAGCCUGCGUUUCUCCACUCCGCCGGGGGACAUGCUGGAUGGGGGGCUCUCAGGGCGCAGCGGCACGGCGAGCGGAGGCAGCACCCCCCACAUCAGUGGACCCGGCCCCGGGCGACCCAGUUCGAAGGAAGGACGCAGGAGCGAUACAUGUGAGUACUGUGGCAAGGUCUUUAAGAACUGCAGCAAUUUGACGGUACACCGUCGGAGCCACACUGGAGAGCGGCCUUACAAAUGCGAGCUCUGCAACUAUGCAUGUGCCCAGAGCAGUAAGCUGACGCGCCAUAUGAAAACGCAUGGCCAGAUAGGGAAGGAGGUCUACCGCUGCGACAUUUGCCAGAUGCCCUUCAGUGUUUACAGCACCCUGGAGAAACACAUGAAAAAGUGGCAUGGAGAACAUUUGCUGACAAAUGACGUCAAAAUUGAGCAGGCAGAAAGAAGCUAA